CGGGAUCUGUACCAACAAAGCCACGUAGCUGGUCAUCAUUGUGCCGGGUGUCAGCUUCGAUAGAUCUGUCAGAGAAUUCUUCGCCUUCCGACAGCAUAGUCGAUUGAGAUGGCCCCGACGAAGAACACUAACCUGAUCGCUGUCCUCCAGCGCUUCUAUUCGGAGUACCAGCAGUCCACGAGCAGUCGGUUGAAGCUGAUUGACGCCUACUUGUUUUAUGUUUUGCUGACGGGGAUCGUGCAGUUCGUCUAUUGCUGCCUGGUUGGAACGUUUCCGUUCAACAGCUUCCUGGCUGGAUUCAUUAGCUGUGUCGCCUCCUUCGUUCUUGCUGUUUGUCUGCGACUUCAAUCCAAUCCAGCGAACAAGGCCGAGUUCUUCGGAUUGUCAACGCAAAGAGCUUUCGGUGACUUCAUCUUCGCGCAUGUGGUCCUCCAUCUAGUCGUCAUGAACUUCAUCGGCUAGUCAUAUCGUCAGAACAGCUGAGCGCAUGACAAUUUUGAUGCGUGUAUUUAUCUAUGUACAUUCAGGACGAUGCACCAAUACGGGAGGCUAAUCCGAUGCUCUCCUAUUAAAUACCGGAUAUCCUA